AGUACGUCCCGUUUUUCUGCAGAGCGCUUCUUAAGCAGUGAAACAAAGUUUGGCAGAGCAGUUCGUUUUUGUGCGGCUUGGUGGACCUGUGCCCGUUCUCAUUUUUCUGACUUGGGAUGUCUCAGGACAGUCUGCAUGGCAAGUGGACCGUCUCCAGCAGCGACGACGACGAUGAAGUUCUUCCUCCUUCGGGAACCGCAACACCAAAGUCCCGUCGACCAGCCGAGUCCAGUCACAUCUCCAGCGGGUCUCCCUCUCCGGUACCAGAACCAGCUCCCCCGGAGGUGAAAGCAGAACCGGACAGCGCCCCUGUGUCCGCUCUCACUGUUCGUUCUGAGGCCAGACAGUUGGCAGCGAGGAACCAGAGGAACCCAGUCAAGUUCCAAACCAGCCCGUCGCUGAGCGGGAAGCGGAAGAAAGAGCCCUCGGACGGCUCCGGCUGGGCUCUCUCAGACAGCGACGACGAAGACGACGCAGAAGGGAAAAGGAACAGCCGGAGUAAGCUGCCGAACCGGGCGGCGCCAAACGGCGAGGCGAAAAAGCCGAGGAAGGAGAGCGAGCGUCCGCCAAGUCCCCACGGCCGACUCUACUACACAGACGAGCCGGACGACUUCUUUGAGGCGUCCUUUCCCUGCCUUAAUGACACCUACAGAUUCUACCUGAACAAAGUCACAGGGCUGGACAGGAAGUUCAACAGCGGAGCGCUGCACAUCAGAGACAUUCUGUCCCCAUUAUUCGGGACCCUGAAAGAGUCUGUCCAGUUUAACUACUGUUUUGAUAUUCCCUGGAUGGUGAAGCAGUUCCCAUCAGAGUUCAGACGUUGUCCGGUUCUGAUCGUCCAUGGAGACAAGCGGGAGGCCAAGGCACGGCUCCUUCAGCAGGGCCAGCCUUUCCCACACGUUCGCUUCUGCCAGGCUAAACUGGACAUUGCUUUUGGAACUCACCACACGAAGAUGAUGCUGCUGUGGUAUGAGGAAGGCUUCAGAGUCAUCAUCCUCACCUCCAACCUCAUCAGAGCGGACUGGUAUCAGAAGACGCAAGGGAUGUGGAUGAGUCCUCUGUUUCCACGGUUACCAGAGGGGAGCAGCGAGAGUUCAGGGGAGUCGCCCACCUUCUUCAAGCGGGACCUGCUGGAGUACCUGGCGUCGUACCGCGCACCAGAACUGGACGAGUGGAUCCAGCGGAUCAAAGAGCACGACCUGUCAGAGACCAGAGUUUAUUUGGUCGCCUCCACGCCGGGGAGAUACGUCGGCGCAGACAUGGAGCGCUGGGGCCACCUGAGGCUCAGGAAGCUGCUGUAUGAUUACACAAAUCCAAUUCCAGACGAGGAACAGUGGCCUGUGAUUGGCCAGUUCUCCAGCAUCGGCUCCAUGGGGAUGGAUAAGACCAAAUGGCUGGCGGGGGAAUUUCAGCGCACACUGACCACACUCGGAAAAUCCUCCCUCCGAUCAGACCCUCCCGUUCAUUUGCUCUAUCCAUCAGUAGAAGAUGUGAGGACGAGUUUGGAAGGUUACCCAGCUGGAGGCUCUCUUCCUUACAGCAUCCAGACGGCUCAGAAACAGAUGUGGCUCCAUUCCUACUUCAACUGCUGGAAGGCGAGGAGGACGGGGAGGACUCACGCCAUGCCACACAUCAAGACGUACAUGAGGGUUUCACCGGAUUCCACUCAGCUCCUCUGGUUCCUCGUCACCAGUGCCAACCUGUCCAAGGCGGCAUGGGGAGCCAUGGAGAAGAACAACACGCAGAUAAUGGUGCGUUCCUAUGAGCUGGGAGUCCUCUACGUUCCGUCAGCGUUCAGCAUGAAGACAUUCCCCAUCGAUACCAAUCCAUUUCCUGCCUCCUCCUCAUCUAUGUUAGGUUUCCCAGUGCCCUUUGACCUUCCGCCUACCAGCUACUCGCCAACAGACCAGCCAUGGAUCUGGAAUAUCCCAUACAGCCAGGAACCGGACACUCACGGCAACAUAUGGGUCCCCUCUUAGAAACUGUUAGCCGACUCUGUAGCCAUUAGUGAAAUUAAGCUAUUUUUAUACUGUACUGUAGACAAUUUUCAAUAAAUAAAUUACACCGCUUUCA